UAAGAGCUAUAGAAAAAUAUAUAAAACAAAAACAAUGUUUCUAACAAUCUUCAUAACUAUCUCGCUUCUAAUACAAAUAGAAUCUUCAAGAAUACUAGCAGUGUUUCCAACACCGCUUAUAAGCCACCAGAGUGCUCAUAGAUCGAUCAUACAUGAGCUACUUCAAAGAGGCCACGACAUCGUCCUCAUCACUCCUCUACCAGAAUACCCAAAAGGCGAUUCACCAGAAAAUCUGACAGAAAUCGAUGUCUCCAACGUGACAAAUGAAGUUUGGGACAAGAGAUACGAUCGGAACAUCUCUACUAAAGACAGUUACAUCAAUGAAGACUUUAAAAAUAUUCUAAGAAUUGCUACUAAGGUGGUAGAAAAGCAAUUUGAAUCGGAAGAAAUUAAAUCCUUUAUCCACAACAAUGAGACCUUCGAUCUUCUUCUGUUAGAGACCUGGAUCCGACCGACUCUCUUCUGGACUUACGUUUACGAUGUACCUGUAAUUUCUGUCAGCUCUCUAGGUUCAUUAUUCAAUGAAUACCAGAACAUAGGUGGACCCAUGCACCCUUUGCUGUAUCCAACAAGCUUACAACGUGAUGUAUGGAAUGAGAACUUUUGGCAGAAGAUUUUGGCGGUGAACGAGUAUUGGAAAUUGGACUCUAUGCUCAAAGAACUUGAAAUAGAAGAAGAUGCUUUAGCGAAGAAACUGUUUGGUGAUGUGCCUCCGUUAAGAGAGCAGAUGAAGAAAAUAGAGUUACUUGUGUUGAAUAUUCAUCCAGCUUGGCAAGGGGCUCGUCCAGUGCCUAAGAAUGUGGUACAUCUAGGAGCUACUCAUCUGCAAGAUAGGAAUAAAUCGAUGCAUUUGAGUCCACAAAUGGAAGAGAUCUUGGAUUUAUCAACGGCUGGUGUGGUCUAUGUCAGCCAAGGCACCAACGUUCGACCCUCGAUGGUACCAGAGCAUCUUAAACACAAGCUGAUUAGAGCAUUCAGCAAACUACCCUGCUCAGUGCUUUGGAAAUGGGAUGAAGUCCUUAAAGAUUUGCCAUACAACGUCAGACUUGGGAAAUGGUUCCCUCAGGCAGCAUUGUUAAAUCACCCAAAUGUCAAACUGUUUUUAAGUCAGUGUGGCCAGCAGUCUAUCGACGAGGCUAUAGCAGCAGCGGUACCUGUCCUCGGUCUACCGCUGACUGGAGACCAGUGGCGGAACGCUGAGCUAUUGGCACAUCACAAAGUUGGCGCCACUGUAGACUUGGAGACGAUAGGGGAUGAAGAGCUGAGGAACAUUAUUGAGCUUUCUAUGAAAAAUGAAAGCUACCGCACCAACAUGCAUCGCCUGCGCACCGCCAUAUUUGACGCACCAGCGCCCGCGCCGGCUCGCGCGGCAGACGCCAUAGAAUACGUACUACGUCACUCAUCAGUAAUGCUCGAGUCUCCUUCGCGACUUGUCUCUUGGUACCAGUACUUAGAAAUUGAACUGUUACUUAUUGUUUCUACUAUAUUUUGUGUUAAAGUUUUUCUUUUAUAUAAAUUGUUGAGCUACCUGCUGAAAGAGAUGUUUAAAAAAAUGCAGUAAAGUUGGUUGCAAGACUGCGUUAAGAGAAAAGAGAAAUAAAAAGAGAUUUUCCAAGUAAAAAGGCUUUCCAAUAUUUCUGAAACAUUUAUAUACAACGUGUAACAAA